AUGUCAAUUAACCCUAGAUUCAAGCUAUUCAAGCUACAUGCAACAACAACAAUUCCCACACCAACAUCAACGUCCACUGAAGCAGAAGCAUCAUUAGCCAACCACACAAACACCGUAGACUACGACAACGACUAUGACUACGACUACGACUACGGCAACGCUUAUGACAACAAUGCAGCAGGAGAAGACGAACUUGAUCAAAAGAUUGCGACUAAUAAUCUGAGACAAAAGAAGCAAAAGACAAGUACCAACAAGAAGAAGAAGAAGCUCACAGAGUAUGAGACAAAAACCACAACUAGCAUCCUUUCCGAUUAUGAUGAUUUAGAUAUUCCACUAGAUGGCGAGUACUCCGGAAGAACAGCCUCAACAACACUGUAUGUCUUGUUCAACCCAAAGACAAAUUCCUUAUCAAGUGCUGCCAUGAACAACGAGUCAGACAUACUAUCUCUUACAAACACCUCAAGAGAAGACGAGGAAGAAGACGAGGAAGAAGACGAGGAAGAAGACGAGGAAGAAGAAGAGGAAGAGGAAGAGGGAGCGCAAACUGACACUGAAGAGUAUGGGAAGUUGUCAAGCAAGAUAAACAGCUGGCACCGGUCAAAUAUCAUGACCAGCCGCGGCGACUUAGAUGAAAACAUAGCCAGCUGGAAUUUAGAAGAAGACGUGGAAAAUGAGGAAAAGGAGAAACAACAACAACAACAACAACAAGAAGAAGAAGAAGGCAGUUUCAAUUCUCUGGGUGUACAGAGCUCCUACCAUCUGCGACAACUGCUUGACGAAAGCAAAAGGAUUUUGAAGGAGUUUUAUGGCGAUGAUUUAUUCCGAUACUUGAACCCCGAAGACAUUGCUCAGGUUAAGAAAUUCCACAAGUAUAUUGACAUAAAAAAGUAUCUACUCAGCAAGGACAACGAAACCAGAGAAACAAUUAUCGCAAACUCACCAAUAUUGAAACAAUUGAUUUACAAAUUGAUUAUGCUCACCGAUCGCAAUAACCAACAAACAGCGACUUCCUCGUCAUCAUCAUUAUUACAACAAGAUAACCAGCCACCGAUGAAUAUUGGAGUCAAAGACUACAUCAACUACUUGAAGAAAGAUGUACCGGAGUACAACUAUAACCACAAUAACUACACCAAUCAUCCCUAUAUGCACCCUCAUCAAUUUGCCGAGCCAGCAACAGCCUUGUCUGAAACAAGUACUACACGGGGCUCAUCAUUGAUUAUGUGCGGUGGUGUGGGCUUUGGUGGUAGCACCAACUGGAAUGACCUUUAG